AUGGCCAUCCAUAGUCAUAGAGGAGAUAAUUCGAGUCUCGGCGGCGGGGGGAACGCCUGCCCUGGGGAUGUGCCGGCGACGGUGAGGGACCUCACGCUGGUGCAGUCGUCGUGCGGGGCGGCCCUCGGUUACCGGGAGAUGAGGAGACUGACGGAGUUGGUGAACCUCAACCUGUACAUGUGUGGAUACACCACCAUCUCCAGGACGGCUUUCAGGUACAACGCGAACCUGACCCGGCUGACCAUCCGGGAUUCGUCCCUGACCAGUAUAGCCACAACCGCCUUCCAAGGGGCGGCCGGGAUCACGCACCUCGACCUGACCAACAAUCAGCUGACUACCAACGACCUGAAAGAUCCUUCUAGACCGUCCUCAAACCCCAAACUAUCCCCGCUCGUCUCCCUCCGCACGCUAACCCUCGACCACAACAACAUCGGCCUCGUCAGACCCGGGAUGCUGGACGGGUUGUCGAGCCUCGCAUCCUUCUCAGUGAACCACAACGGGCUGCUUCGGUUCGAAUCCGGUUCUCUAUCCGGAUUAACGAACCUCGAGGCGGUCAGCGCUACUUCCAACUCGGUUCGCUCUCUGGACAAGAGUGUAUUCGCGGGACUUCCCAGUCUGAAACGCGUGGACUUCUCGGGGAACUCGAUCGCUUCUGUUGACCCAGAUGCUUUCAAAGACACGGCGCUCCUCGAAGAAUUCCGACUGGCAGACAAUCGAAUUACGUCAUUUCCCGGAGAAACACUUCGGAGAAAAGAGCCGGCUCCACUUCGGUCCCCCGUGUCCCUACAGCAGGUCGACCUGUCCAACAACAGAAUAACUGCCCUCGUAGCAGGAGACAUGGCGGCACCACCGAAACACUCAAACUCUAACGCUACCGACACCGACACCGACGACGACACCGUCAUCAUCGCCGCCGUCACCGUCUCGGCAGUCGUCUGUCUCCUCACCGCCCUUGCCCUCGUCACGGUUGUGGCCACAGCCAAACGGACCCGGGUCUCGCCACACGUCACGACAUCUGACGUCACGCAAGGCGAGGAGGAAAACCCCGCGGAGAAUCAAAAUGUCUACAACAAGUACAAGACACCAAGGCCGACAACCGCCAGUGGGGUACAGCUCACACUGGGUCUACCCAUGAACGCCAGGUUUAAGGCAUGA